GUUUUUGGCCUCAGGAAUGCGCCUUUUACAGUUAAAUUAUCUAUCAUUACAGAAUAAAUCAUUUUCGAAAAAAGCUGACAGCUUUUGCAUUUUAUACAAUUUUACUAGACAAAUUUUGUUUAUUUUUAACAUUGCGAAACAUGUGCAGAUGUUACCAUGGUUACCAAGUGAGUCCAAACACAACAGGAUUCUUGCAGUGAUGCGCUUUCUUUCAUUAACAUUGCCUGAAAUAACUAACACACAUCUGUAACGUCAGAGAAACUCUCUAUAAACUGUGAACAUGCACAAAGUGGAUUUGCCUGUGGACCAGUCUGCAGAAAAGGCUGUGGAGAGGAAAAGGGCUGCAGAAACAGCACGCAAGGGCCGCAUCUUCAACACCAGGCUACGCGUGAUGGGCAUCGAGCUGGAUGCUCUGAACAAGCAAGUCCAGGAGAAAAACCAUCAGCAAGACAUGGAGAAACAACGAGACAAAGCUUUCGAUAAGCUGAGAAGAUAUCAAGAUGAAGCACUGCUGCAGCAAGACAAUGACGAAAAAGAGAAGCGAGAGGCUUUGCAUGUUGAUCUGACCCAGUAUUGGGCCACUCAUCAGCGAGCAGAGGACUCUCGUGAUGCUGAUCUAAAGUGCGGCCUGGAGGGGGCGUUCAAGAGCACCAUUCCAGAGAGUCAGCUGGGGCCUGCCAGUAUGCAAAUAUUUCAGGGUCAGGGUAUCGGAGAGGAGCAAAGGAAGAGAGAACAAAUGAAAACGACAGCAAGAGAUCUGCAAGUACAGAUGGAUGACAAUGAAAGAAGGCACAUGGCAGCCAAGCACAGAGAGAUGCUCCUGAGCAGAGAGCUGGUGCAUCAAGACCUAAGGGGCGUUGAACAAGCCGCACUAGAGGAGGAGUGUAGGAAAGCUGCCUGCCUCGCGCUCGACAGCUACAAUCAGGCUCUGGCUGCAGAGCGAGCAGAGAAAUUGAAGGAGCAACACAGGAUAGAGGAAAGGGAGAAUCUCGCUGAGAUGUGGCACACAGUGACAUCUGACAUGAUGACAGAGUGUGCAGAGGCAGCAGAGAGGGAGGUGGGAGGAGGGAAGGCACCGCAGGUUCUGCCAGACAGGUGGAAGGGGAUGAGUCCUGAGCAGCUGAAAACCAUCCACAGGGAGAGAGAAGAACAGCGCCUUGAGAGAAAGAGACAACGUGAUGCUGAAAAGCUUCAGGAGGCAGCUUGGGGCCUCCAGCAGCUGAAGCUGUCCAGAGAAGCAGAGGAGGAGGAGAGGAGGGCAGCCGAGCUGAGGAGAGAGCAGAGGUUUCAGAUGGAUGAGUACAACAAGCAGCUGGCCAGAGAGCAGCAGGCACAUCAGGAGUACUUAAAUAGGAAGCUGUACACCAACAAGCCCACCAAGGACUACUUUUAUCAAUUCAACACCAGCUCCCGAUGACCACCACACCUGCUUUCCCUCCUGUGACAGUGUGCUAAUAAAAUCAAUUGAUUGUUGCAUUCAUAAUCAAUGUGGAAUGAAUAAAUGGUUAGUCAAUACUUCAUGUUUAUUCAGUGAUAUAUACUGCAUUGCCUGCAAUAUUGACAUAUUUGCUGGCCAAUACUGACAAAAAAGGGACCUUUUUUUGUUACAGAUUGUUCCAUGUACUUUAUUUUUCAGUCAUAUAUCCAGUUACAGUGGUAGAUUCAUAAUGCAGUUACAGUUACAUUGGCCCCAUAUGUGGUACAACCCAACUCCCGUCGUUCACCCAUGAUACAUGUAGGCAACAUCAUUGUGCUGAUAGUGCACCCAACACACCACCUCGCCCUGGCAGUGGCAAACACUCCCAACCUCUUCCUUUCCUCGCCUAUUUUCUCUCCCUCCCGCUCAGGCAUUGUUAUUUAAUCUGUCUGCUUUUGAGUUCUGGAGAAGCUUAUUGUAAACACACCAAUUCAUUUUUCAUAGAUUUUUUUUAAUCUUUUAACUAUAAAAAAAGAAAAGAAAAAAUAACAAUAGCGGAAAAGCAAAGGCCAGUGUCCUCAGGUUUCCCCUCGAAACAUGAAAAGCAAAGAGUGAGUAGCAGUCGAGUGAGUAUCUGUGUGUGUACACUCAUUCCUCAUUCAAAGCUAACAUUUGCCCCCAACACUGACAAACACAGAUGUUUAGCAGCAGAUAGUUGAGUUAGAAUAUUGGCAUAUUUUGUGUCAUUCAUUGCUCCUGUAGGAAAAUAGAUUUUCUUAAAAGUUUUAUUUGUCCUGAGUGUGUCUGUUUAGCCAACAACAGGGACCUGACAUACGCCUCCGUCAGUGGCACCAGCCUCUUUAGACAUCCCAUGCACCGCCUCAGGGACUGUCAGCGGAUGUUUGCCCAGUGGCAAGCUUUUAUUUGAGUAGGGAGAGCAUCGCAUAUAGGUGCUCCCUGUGGUAUGCUGCAUUCCUGCCCUGCAUGACUGCAUCAGACCAAAACUCCACAGAUAUUCACUGCACUGCAACACAUUGCUGGAUGGAUUAUGGGCAUGAACCUUAGCUUUCAUUGAAAUGCAACUACUUUCACUAAAUGACACUAAUGUACAAUUUUUUGAUUUUCAAAUUUUUUGAUAUGUUUGCAAACAUUCACAGAACAAAGUGGAUUUUUUUUCCUUUUUAAGCUUUUUUUUUGUUCUUCAACUAUGAGCUAUUUUUGCUACACCCAAAUCUCACUGCAAUCAUUUGUCAAAAAAAACAAAAGUCUGAUUUCAUAGCAAGAGUACAGAAGAAGAAAUAUUACAACUUGCGACAUUUUAAAAUUAGGUGGUUUUCAACCUGAACAUUUUUCACAUUUUUUAUAUCAAACAUGGUACUUUAAGGGUUGUAUUUACAUUCAGUGGGAGAAACAAAAAAAGUUGUCCAUCUAACUCUUAUCUCUUCAGUACCUUGUAAUUCAGAUGUUUCUUUUCAUAGGUAGCGUGUCGAUACACUGUCUGCCUGGCCCUGAAAACAAUACAUUCUCUGCGUUUGAUACAAAUGCCAACUGUUUACCUUUAUCAUACAUCAACUGGCAAUCAUUACGCAUGUCUACAAUAUCCACUUGCAUUGAUGGGUCUGAAAAUAAAACUUGAGAGAGUGUUUGCCCUCAA